UUGAUUGUUUAUUUUUUUUGAAACUUUGCAGCAUUAGUUACAAAUGACAAGAGUAAAGCUCCCGAACAACAGGAGGCGGUGCCAAACGAGGGUUGAAUCAGGUCAAGAGCGUUUGGCGCGAAAAUGACGCCGUCAGCCGGACUGCGCGCGCAGCCGGGGACCCGCAGGUCCGGUGACCGAGUGUUUUUUGAAAACUCGGAGCGGGGCCGCUAUUGGCCUAAAAUGGCCACGUGACUAACGGUCGCGGGAAAGCCGCAGUGUUGUGGCGUGUGCGCGGGUCGAGUGACUGGGAGAGGCGUGAGCCGAGUAACCGACACCGUCGUGCACACGAUCGGCCGCCGGACCGUCCCUCAAAACCUGCCGUUAGUUUGUGUCACCCAGACUGGUCUCGGGUCUGUUCUGCCCGAGUUUGGGCCGCCGCCGCCUCUCGUUCUGCCUCUGCCCGAGCUGCUGGUUUCCAGUCGACAUGAGUUUCCGCCGAACCUGUCUGAAGGCCGGCACCAGCCCCGGCCCGGCCUCCCGCUCCCUGGUGCAGAAGCUGAACUUCUCCGGCAGCGACGAGGAGGAGGAGGACGGCGGUAACAGCACCGAGGAUUCGGCCUUCCAGGAGUCGCCGGACCCCGAGCGCAAGUACGGCGAGGGCGCUGACGGCCACCGUGCCGAGGACGAGGAGCUGGAGAUGGUGAACCUGAGCUGGGAGGACGGGUUCGUGAGCAGCCCCUCCCCCCUGAAGGGCCGCCGCGACUACCGGGACCGCCGAGACAUGGAGGAAUCCUCCAGCUCGCCGCUGCGAGAGGGCGGCGAGCGCGAAGAGUGCAGCUCCCCGAUCCGAGAGGGCGGCGACCAGGACGAGUGCAGCUCCCCCAUCCCGGACUGUCCCGACACUCCCCCUCAUAAAACCCUGAGGAAGCUCCGGCUCUUCGACACGCCGCACACCCCCAAGAGUUUAUUAUCCAAAGCAAGGGUUGCAAGUUGCCUGGGUUCCAGCUCAGUUAGACGUCGAGGAGGGGCACUUUUCAGGAAUGUUGAGCAGUCUGAGAAAAUGCCAUGUGAUUACAAGAAUAAGCCCCCCCAUGUCAACAUUAACCCGUUUACACCAGACUCCAUGUACUUCCACUCUUCUUCAUCUGUGCACUGUCGAAGAAGGAAAAGGACGUAUUGGGACGGGUUUCUGUGCAGAGAACUAAUGGAUGGAAGUGAUGGGGAGCUUGAUGAUGAAAGUAUCCGGCCAGCAAAGAGAAUUCCAAUUACUGAAAGCAAUAUGAAAUCGCGAUAUACAACAGAAUUCCAUGAGUUGGAGAAGAUUGGAUCUGGAGAAUUUGGUUCUGUUUUUAAAUGUGUGAAGCGACUCGAUGGCUGUAUUUAUGCCAUAAAACGCUCGAAAAAGCCAUUAGCAGGUUCAGUUGAUGAACAGAAUGCUCUACGGGAAGUCUAUGCACAUGCAGUCCUAGGUCAACACACACAUGUAGUUCGCUAUUAUUCGGCCUGGGCAGAAGAUGACCAUAUGCUCAUUCAAAAUGAGUACUGCAAUGGUGGAAGCUUAUCAGAUGCCAUAGCAGAAAAUUACAGGAAUAGGCGAUAUUUUAAUGAGCCAGAGCUAAGGGACCUGCUACUACAGGUUGCACGAGGUCUAAAAUACAUUCACAGUAUGUCCCUAGUACACAUGGAUAUAAAGCCAAGUAACAUAUUUAUAUCCAAAAAAUUAGUAACUAAUUCUGUGGCAGAAGAGAUGGAUGAUGAUGACUGUAUAUUGUCGACAAAUAUUGUAUAUAAAAUAGGUGACCUUGGACAUGUUACUCGUGUAUCCAAUCCUCACGUGGAAGAAGGAGAUAGUCGAUACCUGGCCAAUGAAGUACUACAAGAGGAUUACAGAUAUUUGCUAAAAGCAGAUAUCUUUGCUCUAGCUCUCACUGUUAUAUCUGCUGCUGGUGCAGAGCCAUUGCCAAGAAAUGGGGAAAAAUGGCAUGAAAUACGACGAGGAAAGCUUCCUACAAUUCCACAAGCAUACUCCCAGGAAAUUUUGGAUUUAUUGAAAUUAAUGCUUCAUCCAGAUCCAGAGAAACGACCCACAGCAGGAGCUUUAAUCAGACAUUCAGUGCUGCUUCCGACUGCAAGAAAAAGUGCUGAUCAACUUCGGUUAGAACUAAAUGCAGAAAAAUUCAAAAAUGCACUGUUGCAAAAAGAAUUAAAGAAGGCACAAAUGGCAAAAGCAGCAGCAGAAGAGCGAGUGUUGUUUACUGACCGAAUGACAACAAGGUCCACAGUGCAAAGUAACAGAAAUACUCGGAUCAUUGGGAAAAAGAUGAACCGUUCUGUCAGCCUUACAAUUUACUGAAAUUGUGUAGCUGGUUGUAACCAAUUUUAUCUUAUUUUUUAAAAUUUGGAUUUUUUGUGGCAAGUCAUUGGCAGUUUAGUUAUCACACAACUGUAGGACCCGUUAAGGAUACUCGUACCUGCAAGAUUUUAUUGAGAUGUAGCAUUUCUGCUGCCUAUGGAGUCUUAAUUUUUUCUUUUAUUUUUGGAUUUUGGGGUUCCUUUUGAAUAAAAAGGACAGAUUGAUUAAAGAAUAUAUUGGGACAUUUUAUUGAGUGGCUCAUGCACCAUAAGUUCUGUAAAUUUUCUGGGGUUUAGAUUUUAAACCCACGUUUUGUACAUUGGGAGUAUGUACUGUAACCAUGUUAUACAUUGUACUGGGAGCACUUUGUAGACAUUUGAGAUCCAUGGCAAGAGCCUGUGGGUGAACUUGUCUUGAGAAAACCGCUGCUAUAUUAGUCAGUGUUGUACACUUGCUGUAAAAUUUAUUAGCAUUUUAAACAAUCAUUGCUGUAUUAGAAAUAGGCUUUUUGGAAUAUAUUUUUAAUUAUGUGAUUUAAGGCAACUAACAGUUGUUCACCAUUUAUACUUGUGUUUAAUAGCAGUUUUUGUUUUAUUAAGCUAGUGCAUUGUAGAAAAACAUUGCACCUUGUGUUUCUUUAAGUGUUUCUAUUUACUAUACUGUAAAUUGUGGACUGUCACCGUCUUGUCCAAUAAACUGUACA